AUGUCCACACAACACCCACAACAACACCAGCAGCCGCCUCUCCACGUGGCCGAAGCGCCCCUAGACGAGACCGUACUGGUCGUACCUGUUGCCGAUGCCGUUGCCGUUGCCAGUGCAGAUCCCUCGGCUGCUGCUCCAUCCAAGCAACAUGGCAAUAUACACGCCUCAGCCAAACCCCCGGCUUUGCCUUUGGGUUCGGCUGUAGACAUGAACCACAUAUUCGACUUUUGGCCUGUUCCUAGUGUCGUGCUCUCGCCCGCCUGUCGAAUCACACAAGCCUCAGCACGCUUCCUCGAGGCUUGGCAUACUACUGUGCAAGAUUGUGUUGGUGUGGACUUGGUCUCGCUGCUCACCACCAAAUCGGGCGAGGGCAGUGCAAAUGUUAUUGUAGCCGCCAUCGACCAGGCCAUCGUCUCCCGUGCCGAGCGCACGAGUACCGCCAUUAUAGUUGGAGCAACCUCUUCGUGGGCUGCUCGAAUUAUACCCGUUUUCAAGGGUGACGAGUUGCUGUCUGUGGUGCUUGAGUGGCAGGAGACUCCUUAUGAUCCUUCACUGACCGUUGUCGGGGAGCAAACCAAGAUUGCCCUUUCCACCAAUGAGGCUUUCCGAAUCCUUGUUCAGGCUGUUAAGGACUACGCGAUCUUCCUCCUUGAUACUAAGGGUAAUGUUGCCACCUGGAACACCGGCGCCGAGGUGAACAAGGGCUACACCCGGGAUGAAAUCGUCGGCAAGCACUUUUCUAUCUUCUACGGCAAGGAGGAUCUCGAGAUUAGGAAGCCCGAGAUGGAACUGGAGAUUUGUUUGCGCGAGGGGAGGGUCGAGGACGAGGGCUGGCGCUACCGCAAGGACGGCACUAGGUUCUGGGCAAAUGUCAUCAUCACUGCUAUCUACAAAGACGGUGUCCACGUUGGCUUCGGCAAGGUGACACGCGACCUGACGGAAAGGAAAGCUGCCGAGUCUCGUCUCAUCGCCGCUUAUGAGGAGAGUGAGAAACUCAAGUCAGACUUUCUCGCCAACAUGAGUCACGAAAUAAGAACGCCCAUGCACGGUAUGCUCUCGGCGUGUACACUGCUUCUGGAUACACCCUUGACCGAAAAGCAACGAGAUAUCGCCAACAUCAUGGACGAAUCAGGGCAGGUUCUCUUACAGGUCAUCAACGAUAUUCUCGACUAUUCUAAACUUGCGUCCGGCAGUUUCUCCAUCAACUCAGACAUCGUUGGCGUUGCUAGUAUCAUCGCAUCAGUUGUACGCAGUGUCCAGCCAUUCCUGCAACCCGAUGUACACUUGGAACUCUUCCUAGCUUCAGAUCUGCCCAAGUCGGCCCAAGGGGAUCCUCUUCGCUUUCGACAAAUUGUUCAAAAUAUCGUCGGCAACGCCGCAAAGUUUACUGAAAAGGGAACUAUUCGUGUACACGCCACACUGCUUGAUGAGACUGCAGAGAGCUACACCAUUAAGACCGAGGUGUCCGACACCGGAAUUGGGAUUCCAGCAACAGCUGCCAAAGGGCUCUUUACGCCCUUCACUCAGUUCGAUACUACGACGACGAAGCGGUACAAGGGCACCGGUCUUGGCCUUUCGAUUGCGAAAUCGCUCACAGAGCUCAUGGGCGGUCAAGUCGGGUACUGCCCAAACCCGGAACGGCACGGAAGUAUCUUCUGGUUCACAGUUACCUUCAAAAAGAUCAAGAGCCUUGAUCAGUUCCAUGGCUGGAAACGCCAGGUCGGCUACAGACUCUCUGCAAGCUCGUCACCAGAUAUAGCAGACCCGCAAGUCAGGCUAGCCGAGGCGGCUCCGACGACGAGCCUCCUGAUAGUCGAGGACAAUGUGAUAAAUCAAAAGGUAAUGCUCGGCAUGUUGCGCUCUGUUGGGUUUAAACAGAUCGAGGUUGCGUCAAAUGGCGCCGAGGCCGUGUCUAUGGUGAGGGCUAAACCUGCAGCAUAUGACCUUGUCUUAAUGGACAUCAACAUGCCAAUCGUUGACGGGUACGAAGCUACGGCACAAAUCCGAGAGUGCGGCAUUCGCGUGCCCAUUAUAGCCAUGACUGCAUAUGCCCUAAAGGGCGAUCGAGAACGUUGCCUUGAAAGUGGUAUGGACGACUACGUCCCGAAGCCGAUCGACAGGAAACAUCUUUUAAGGACAUUGGUUAAAUGGCUCCUCGAUACCAGGGAUUACAGAAAUCCCAACGGCGAUGAUUUGCUGGCAAGAUCGACACAAGAGCCAGGUUUACAGUCACCUACUUCCAGUGCGGAUCGUGAGCCAGCAGGUACCAGAAGAUCUGCAACAAGCAACUGA